UCCAUCUUAUAAAUUUGGGCCUUUACAUAAACAAAUGCUAUUUUAAAUAGAUAGUACAGAGAAUAAACAAGUUAAUUGUACAGGUUACCCCGCGGUCAUCUCAGGACACUGAUGCGUCGAGGCGUGCCAUAGCGCGUUCAUGUGACCGCGCAGUAAAGAUGCGUCCUAAAAGAGUUUGCAUCGAGCCAAACUGCAUCAGUUCUGAGUCCGACCGCCGCUCGACUUACAUCUUUGGAUGUCCUCUGUCGCUUUACAUUUGUGUCGGGUGAAAGGGAAGAUAACAGAAGAGAAAGAGUGAAGCUUUCAGCUAUGGGAGUUACCGCGUCAUCCGCGCAACGGGACAGCAGAGAUGAUGAAGACGCAGCGGCGGAGCAGCGGACUGCAGAGACGAGCGAUGCUCCUGAGGAUGACACGUUGCCACAGAGGAAUGGACAGAUCUCCAGUUUGAACCUAAAGACAAAGAACCAUGCAGAUGAAAUAAAUGGACACUUAACAGAGAGGGUACUUACAGAUGUUUGCUCAGGGUUUGUUACUGUGAAAGAAGACGGCAGAGAGACAAUUAAAGACCUUCAGGAUGUGGUCUCCCAUCAACCAAACACAAACAAAACAACAAAGAACAAAAGCAGAGAGAUGAUUCAUGAAGAGGAUAUUACCGUAACGGAGGAAACUAUGGAGAUUACAGAAGUAAACAGUAUCAAUGAAGUUGGUUUCAAAAAAGUAUUUCGAUUUGUUGGAUUUAAGUUCACCCUGAAAAAAGACGCAUGUGACAAAACUGACGGUGAAAGGCUACUAACAAAUGAUCAAGAAGAGGAAGAGGCAGACACAUCAGAUGAUGAUCUGGUGUCUGCCCAGCCCAAGACACCUGAAACUUCUCAAAAACCAAAAAAUAAAACAGAGCUUGACCACGGCACAGGGAAUAUAGAAGUCAUACCUGAGACAAAAAAGGCAAAUGUGGUUGAAGCAAGUUAUGAAUCAGAAGAGCCGAUGUCACCGAUCAAGCAUUUCUUUACACAGGGAAUCUUUGGCAGUUUAAGAAACAAAAAGAAAGAAAAUGAAAUAGACAGAGAAACUAAGAAAGAGGAACUCAGAAUAACUGAUCAAAUAGAUGGUGUAGACUCAGAGAAGUCAGAGAGAACUGAAAAGAUGGAUAGUAAAUGCAUGUGCCUUGAUAUCCCUAGUAUUAUGUAUGAAGAACCAAAAGAUGCACAGCAGAAAGGGAGCACUUUAUCUGCAGAAGAGUCUUUAGAGAAAGAUAAGGUACAAGGAAGCCCCUUCAAAAGACUUUUUAGAAAAUUUUCCUCAAGACGGCAGAGAGAAAAUAAGCAUGUGAAAAUUGAAGAUGAGGAAAAAGUCACAGAGUCAUCCUUAGAUUUGACAGAGGUCCAGAAAGAAGAGGAAGUACCAGUGGCUGGAGAAUCAAAACAUGCUGUGGAGGAGCAGGUUGCUGAUGACAGCCCUCAAGAGUCCAAAAAGAAAUCUGACUCCACCGUUUCCUGGGAGGCCCUGAUUUGUGGCAGCUCUGCUAAAAAAAGAGCUAGACAAACAAACGAGGCUGAAACACAAGACGAAUAUGAGAAAACAACUGAAUCUCCACUUGGAAGUUCUGUUGAGGGUGAUUAUGAUCAUCUUACAUCCUCCAAUGAGCAAGAUGGGGAGGGAGAGGUAGGGUCAACAUGGAAAACCUUUAAAAAAAUGGUCACCCCCAAAAGGAAGGUGAGAACUGGAGAAGGUAGUUCAUCCGAACAUGAACCUUCAGACAGCGAAAUUAACAAAGAUGACUCAUUUUCUGUGAUGAAACUUAUAACGGGGUGUAAAAAGAGAAGAUCUGAUGAAAGGCAGGAACAGACAUCAUCUGAUGAGACUGGUAAGGAUGUUGAAACAGGUGAUGAAGAUGACGAAACACCAGCUAUUAUUCCUUUGUCGGAGUAUGAAAUAGUUGAACCUGAAAGUGUAAAAGAGGUGAAGGAUCAACAAUCUGAAGCUACAAGCGAACAUGAGAUGCCAGAGGUGAAUUCACAAGAGUUAGAACAGGACACGCCCAAUGAGUCUGAACCCAAGCAGGUUGCAGGUAAAGUUUCAAAUAAUGCGAGACCAUUAAUCAUACAUGUUCGAUCAGAGGACUUUGAAGAACUGACAGACUUUGUAAGUAAAUACCAACAACUGAGUGAUAUACCAGAGGAAGGGAUCAUAGAGGAAAGCAUCCAAACACCAACAACAUCUGCUGAAUGGGUAACACAGGAUGACACCUUAGCAGAAGACAUUGUAGAUUUGACAGCUGAUGCGGUCACCGCUCCAGAGCCUGCAAGUGAGGAAUUUGUUGGGGAUAACAGUACUGAAAUGGUCUCGGCACUCUCCCAACUUACAGAAUCAGCCAGGACGUCUGAAAACGUCACUCCAGUGUCGGCUGAAUAUGGUGUGCAAAUGUCAAAUAUGAUCUUUCAAGAAGGUCUUCAAUCCAUCUGCAUGACUCCAAGCCUUCAAUCAGUAACAACGAAGGAUGAAAGCCAAGAAUCUCUAGCAGUGUCAUUUUCACCUUAUAUAAUACAUACAACCACAGGAGGAGAAACUAAAGUUUUGGUUGCACAUAUGAGAACAGAGGCAUCGGCAAUAUGUACAGGCCUUAAAUCUCAAGAAAUAGAAUCUGUUGAAGAAUUUCUCAAUGCACCUUUAGUAGAGGCGACACCUGAAGUAAGCGAUGCUGUCCCAACUGAAUUAGUGACUGAUAACCUUACAGAUGCACCUGAAGUAGCAGGAUUUGGGACAGAUGAGGUCUAUGAAGCUCAAAUGUGGGAAGUGAAGACAGAGUGUCGGGAAGUAAUUAUAACAACUACGAAUGAAGUAGAAGAAGCUGCCACCAAAACUGAACUAGAUGUAGAGCAAGCAAUUCAACUGAUGGCAGAGCCACUUAUGGAAGUGACGGUGGAGUCCCAUGUGGUGCAUAUGGUGGAUGAAAAAGAGGAAUGUAUAACAGAACUAGUAACUGGUGUUCAACUCAGAACGGCUGAAAUGCCAAUAAUUGAUACAAUGCAAAGUGAAGCUUUGUUGGAUCAGGUCAUUACAGAAUACACCCUUGGUCCUGAAACAGAGGGUCCAUUACAUUUAAGGUUGGAGGAACAACCUGUAAACUACACUGAAGUAACUGCUAAAGUUGAGAAAGAGUCAACAGACGAAAAGGUACACAUAGAAGUUGAAUUGAAUCAUACAGAUGAACAUGAAAUACAAGUGGACAUAAAAGAUGCAAUCCCAAAUACAGCAGAAACAGAAAUAAAUGAUGUGUAUGAAGUGAUUUCAGCAGGUGAUUCAGCAGUGAUUAUGAAGGACAUUAAAGAAAAAGUGGAAGAUACUAUUGAGGAAAAGAUUGCACAGCAGGACAUUAAGGACAUAACUGCAGAGCUGAGUAUAAAUGUUUUUGCAUUAGGAGUGGAUCGAAAUAUUAACACCGAACCCAUUUCAGAAACUGCAGUUGAAUCAUUAUCCAGAGUGCAGUUUGAAGAAAAACAACUGGAGAUGGCAAGCAAGGAGGUGUUGCUUCCAGGAAUAGUGUUAGUUGAGGAGACUGUAGAAGUGGAUGAAGUUACAACAGAACUUGACAUGUCUAUCAACAAAGUGGAUACUGAUGUGGACAAUAUCAGGGUGAUGGAAAGUGCAAGUGAAGAAGUAGACACCACUGAUACUUCUAAAAAAGAGAAACUUGCAGAGAUGCAAGAGGAUCAGUUUACAAACUCUGAAAGUGAUGAUUCGGAAAAUGUAGAGGUUUUCGCUUAUGCAAAUAUUUGUACGGUAUUUCCUGAAAUAAUUGAGCAGGAUGUAGGAAUUGUUAAUGUAGAGACAGCUCAUGCAUUUAAGGCUAAAGAUGUUUCUGAGAUUUCAAUGGAUGUAUUAGAGAACAAAGAAAUAACAACAUGUCCUGGAGAUAGUUCAAAAGUAAUACUGACAGAUCUUGAGUCUGUGAUGCCCCAAGAUGAGAUAAGAGAAGCUGAGACAGAGGAAAUUGGACACAGUCCAAAAACAACUAAGAAAGUUAAGACUGGUGAAGUAUUAGAGACAGUUGUCAUUACUGAGAACACAACAAACCAGUCAGAGAAACCUGUAGAGGUCCAACUAGAAGUGCAGGCACUUGCAAUAUCUGAGCUAACACAGACAACAGAACAAGAGGAUACAUCAACAAUGCCUCUGAUAAGUGGUGAAGCAAUGGGUGGUGACCAAAUGGACCAGGCAAGAGUACAGUCAGUAACAGUAGCUAUUCCAGAAAUAAAAGACAAGAUCCCUGAGUUUACCGAACUGGAACCUGAAAGCCCAAAGCCAACUCUAACUGAAGUGACUGUAACAGCUUUGACCGAGUCUGUACAAAUGGCACAAAACAAUGCUGCUCUGCAAAUAGACAACAAUACUGUGAUUGAACAGAGGGAUGAAGCAACAGAAAAGACCAGGCUUACAUGUGAACCUCCUGAACAAUUAUUAGAAAAACCAGUAGCAAUGGAGUUAAAAAUAGAAAAGGCAGAAAUUAAAGAUGUAAUACCAGCAGUAACAUAUCUGAAAGAGAAGAAAUCUGCUGUUACCACACCAGAAGUAGCACCCAUAGUACAUGUCCCGCUGUUGACCUCUGAAAUUAAAGCAGAAACACCAGAAGUUACCGUUUCUGAGAUACAAACACAAGAAGCAAUUGAACUCAGGGCAGCAACUCUUGAAAUGCCAGAACCAAAGGUAGAAAAGCCUAUGGUGGCAGAAGUUAAAAUAGAGACUCAGCUGAGCGUGGAGACACUAGUCGUGACAUCAGUGGUUACAGAACUUAAAGUAGAAACACCAGUGGUUGCAUCCAUGGCAAAAACUGUUGAUACACACACUUCUGCUAUAACAUCACUGAACAAACAGACUGAUACCUCAAUGCUGACAACAGUGGUCAGAAAGCAAGAAGUGGAUUUCACCACUUUGAUGGUGACAUCAGCUGCAGCUCCAGACUUACUUACACCAAUUGUGACUCUAGACAGCAGGUCAGUGGAAGAAACAUCUGUUGGGACUCUAAUGGAAGAAGCACCACCUGUUGAUCCAGUGGUAAACACAGUUGUAGAGAUGCACAAUGUGAUCACAGUGGUAGAGACACCUAACAUACUAACAGAGGCUGCACCUACAGUAGACACUACAACUGGAACAACAGUAGCAGCAGAAACAGUCAAACUCACUGAAGCUUUAGUGGCACAGACAUCAGCCGGGCCCCCAGUGCUAGAAAUGCCAAACCUGGUGGUGCAGACACCAGUUUUAGAUUUAGUGGUAGUGGCACCAGCUCUAGCUCCUGCUGUGGAGACACAAGCUGUUGUUUUAGUGACAGAGGCUGAACCUGCAGUUGCAGUCACACCAGAAGAAACAUCAGCUAUGAGCCCAGUAGUCGAAACUCCAGUUACUUCCAUCACAUCACCUAAACCAACUGUGGCUGCAAUGGCACAGACAUUAGUUGUGACAACAGUGGAAGAAACAACAGCAUUGGUUACAGAUACAGCAUUGGUAACAGAGGUUGUCGGUCCGAUGUCAGGAAUGUUAUCUGUGAGUCCAGAAGAAGAAACAUCAUGUAUGACACAAAUGGUAGAAACACCAGAUCUGGAUUCAGUGAUGGUAACACAGCCUGCGUCUCAACUUGUUACCUCUGAUGUGACUACUAUAGCAGAAACAUCAGUUGUAAUUCCAGUAACUAAAACUUCAGCAGUUGUAGUGGCAGAGACUCCAGUGGUACUGACACCAGCUCUGGUUUCAGUGAUUGUAAGAGAGGCUGCAACUCCAGAAAUUACACCAACAAUGACUGCAGUACUAGAAGUUUCAGCCAUGGACCUAGUCGUGGAAACCACAUCAAAUCUAACUGCAGAUACCCCAGUUAUGAUUCCAGAGAAAACCCUGACUGUAGUUUCAGUUGAAAAAACACUCAAUGUGACCCUACCAGUGGAAACACCAGUUGUGGGUGGUUUAAUAGAGACAUCUACUAGGACUUCAGUACCAGAGGCAUCACAAGUACCUCCAGCAGUAGAGAUACCUGCUAUUGCAUCAAUAGUUGUGCCUCCAGAUGUAAUGGCGACGUUAAAUGAAACAAUGUUGCAGGACAAAACAGAAACAAAGACGGAGCCUUCAGUUGAGGCUGAAGAUGAUGUUAAACCAUCACUCGUGAAUCAGAAAGAGGUAAAGACAUUUGCUUCUUCAGGUAAAACCAAGGGCUUCCUGCAGCAUGAAGCACCCAUGGUCACUCCAACAGAACCUCAGUCACUGGUAGAAGAUGUGUGGGAGGAUGCUGUAGAUAAUGUUGGAGAUGACCAUUGUCAAAUGAUGCAAACAGAUGUUUCACCCCAAGAAGUAUCUGAUUCUGGGAUCUGAGCAUUGACUUGCCACACAACAUGGAUAAUAUCAGGGAGCUGGUUUUCUAAGUGCGACUAGUCUUCAAUCAUUCUGAACUAGCAGCAUCUCCAUCACCAGGAGCUCUAUACAGGAAUAUACGUCUACAAAGAAAUCACCAAGACACUGAGAAAGAAAAUAGAGUUGCAUUACUGAAUGUCCAGAAGGAAAGUGAUAAACCAAAAAAAUAUGUUUUGUUUAACACAGGGGUAAGCAACGUCGGUCCUGUAGUGCUGAUGUCCUGCAAGGUUUAGCUCCAGUUCUAAUCAAGCACACCUGAAUAAGCUAAUCAAGUGUCACCUGAAAACUACAGGUAGGCAUGGUUUUAUCAGGGUUGGAGCUAAAAUCUGCAGGACAUCGGCACUCCAGGACCGACGUUGCCUACUUUAACCGAUAGAUUGUUCUCUUAUAAAUCGCUACAGACUUGGGUUUAAACCCAUGCCAUUUUGCGCUGCUAACGCAAUGCUCUACAACUAUCACUUUUAAACAUGCUAAACAGUUAUUAAACCUCUUUUUGCACUCU